CCGGUCUCUCAGGUGCUACGAGACGAGGACUGCCCCUCCAUGCUCGUUCCUAGUAGACCAUUUCUCCAGAGAUGUCUCCCUGACUUCACCUCUUUGAAUGGGACGGUGACUGUGGCUAACAGGACCAGCUUUAAAGAUGCUCUGGAAACGGCCCGCAGUGUCACUGAACUCCAACAUGCAGCCAAGGGUAUAACAGCACUGGUGGACACCAAGGAGCUGGGGAUGAAGAUAGUGGAAGAUUAUGCCAAGACAUGGGCAUGGAUAAUCAUAGGUCUGCUCUUAUCCCUGGCUGUGAGUCUGAUCUUCAUCCUGCUGCUGAGGUUCACUGCGGGCCUGCUGCUGUGGACCACCAUCAUCACCUUCUUACUGCUGCUGGCCUACGGUAUGUGGUACUGCUCCAUGCAGUUGUCCAGGCUGAGAAACACACCCGGCUCUGAUGUUGCCAUAGUAGCAGUGGGUAUGCAGACUGACCUGCAGGUCUACCUGCAGCUCUCUCAGACAUGGAUCAUAUUAUUGGUGUCUCUGGCAGUGACAGAAGCGUGCAUCCUGUUGAUGUUGAUCUUCCUACGGAGAAGAGUGCAAGUGGCCAUCGCCCUGCUCAGAGAGGCCAGCAAAGCCAUCGGUCACAUCAUGUCCACGCUCUUCUUUCCAGUGGUCACCUUCCUCCUUCUGACUCUCUGCAUCUCAUACUGGGCCGUCACUGCAGUUUACCUGGCCUCCUCAGGUGAAGCAGUCUACAGAGUCAUGUCACCUGAUGUCAGCUGUCAGUAUGCCAACAGCACCUGUAAACCUGAGAGCUUCAACAGAAGCAACGUCUCCACGUCAGCCUCAUGUCAGGGCUCUCAGUGUCUGUUCGCCUUCUACGGGGGGGAGACGUCCUACCACCGACACCUCUCCCUGCUGCAGCUGUCCAACCUGCUGCUCUGCCUCUGGCUCAUCAACUUCAGCCUGGCUCUGGAGCAGUGCACGCUGGCCGGGACCUUCGCCAGCUACUACUGGGCCAGGAGGAAGCCUCAGGACAUCCCCCCAUGUCCCCUCUUCUCCUCGUUCAGCAGGGCCCUCAGGUAUCACACCGGGUCUCUGGCAUUUGGAGCUCUGAUUCUGUCGGUUGCACAGCUGGUACGGAUCAUUCUGGAAUAUGUGGAGCAGAGACUAAAAGGUGUUAACAACGUUGUGUCCAGGUUCCUCCUGCACUGUCUGCAGUGCUGCUUCUGGUGUUUGGAGAAGUUCAUACGCUACAUGAACCGUAACGCUUAUAUCAUGGUGGCCAUCUAUGGUAAGAACUUCUGUACCUCUGCAAGAGAAGCCUUCUUCCUGCUCAUGAGGAAUGUGGUGAGGACUGCAGUUCUGGACAGAGUGACAGACUUCCUGUUGUUCCUGGGCAAAGCGCUGAUAGCUGGAGGAGUUGGUGUGGUUACAUUAUUCCUCUUCACUAAGAAGAUCCCUGUUUUCCAGGAAGAAGUGCCCAGUCUCAAUUACUACUGGGUCCCCCUGCUGACGGUGGUGCUCGGGGCCUUCCUGAUCGCUCAUGCUUUCUUCAGCGUCUACGCCAUGUGUGUCGACACGCUCUUCCUCUGCUUCUGUGAUGACCUGGAGAGGCAUGAUGGUAGUUCAGGAAAACCUUUCCUCAUGUCCCCUCAGCUGCAUAGGAUUCUGGGGAAAUCCUCUCAGUCUCCUCGAUAAGCAAUCCUCCUGCAUCAGAGACGUCCUCACACAGAGAGACAGAGACGUCCUCACACAGAGAGACAGAGACAUCCUCACACAGAGAGACAGAGACAUCCUCACACAGAGAGACAGAGACAUCCUCACACAGAGAGACAGAGACGUCCUCACACAGAG